AUGCAAGACACAAUGCAAGCCAUUCGCCUCCAUCCCGCUCCGUCAAGCACUGAUCCGUAUUCCCCAUCCAAUCCUGCCCCCCUUACUGCCCUCCAGCUUGACCAUGAAAUUCCCAUUCCAGUAUUGUCUGCACUCGGCGAGCUUCUCGUCCGCGUCAAAGCCUCCACCGUCAUCAGGGAUAUGCUCACCUGGCCUGAGACCUACUCCCACGAGUAUAUCAUUCCAGGCCACGAUGUCGCUGGCAUUGUAACGAAGGUCUUCUCGCCAGAAAGUAGAUUCAAGCCGGGGGACGAGGUCUUUGGGAUGGCAAAUGCCGAUCGCGCAGGGACGUGGGCCGAGUACACCAUCAUGAAAGAAGACGAAGUCACCUUGAAACCGGCUUCUUUGACCUUUGCUCAGGCCGCGGCAUUGCCCCUCAGCGCACAAACAGCGUACGAGGCUCUUUUUGUACACGCGCGUCUUCCGGCACCUCCCAACUUCGAGGGAGUUCCGUCCCAGUACGCGGCAGGAAGCAAGGCUCAGUGUGUGCUCAUCACCGGCGCUGCAGGUGCUGUGGGAUUAUAUCUUGUACAGCUUGCACGUGCUGCGAACCUACAGGUUAUCGCGGCUAGCAGCUCGAAUUUACGCAAUGAAGAGUUCCUACGCAAUCUGGGGGCCGACGAGGUGGUGGAGUAUAGUGCAUUGGAUAAAUAUACCGGGCAAUUCGAUGUCAUCAUCGAUGCCGUUGGAGGUGAGGUUUUGGAAAAGUGCUGGAACUAUCUCGCAGAGACGGGGACGUUGAUCUCGGUGGACUCGGCAAGUUUCGACUUUGUGAGGGAGCACGAGAGUCGAGGUCUGCGAAAGGCCGGGGUGCACGCUUUAUUUUUCAUCAUCAAAGGCAGUCAAGCUGCGCUACGUUGUGUAGCUGACCAGGUAGCCUCCGGGGCUGUUCGACCUUUCGUGGCGGAGACUUACCCACUGGAGCGCGUGCGAGAGGCAUACGAUGUUGCUAACUCGCGAAUGAGUGCUCGAGGAAAGGUGAUCCUCACUCUUUGA